AUGAAUUAAUUAACAAUGAUAGAAAAUUAAAAAUAAUUUAAUUGUGCUUAUUAACACAAUUAGCCAAUUCUUACGGUAGUUCUUGAUCCAAAAUUACCAAACAAUUAGAGGCUCUUAUGUAAUUAAUGCUUAGAGUUUAAUGAAACGACAGCUAAAACAAUGGAAUUUUAAAAUAUCAUUUAGAUUAUUGAGGAUGAAUACAAGAAGAAACUCAAUAAUAUUGAAGAUACAAUUAAAAUAAAUGUAAAGUAAAUCGAAUCAUUGUUGAGUACGAUCAAUCAAUUGAAAUAAAAUAUUAAUUAAUAACUAGAUUAAUUAAUUAAUAUUGUAAAUAAUUGGAUUCAGAAUAUUUAAAUAAUAGAAUCAUCAUUAAACAAAUACAAAUAUAGUUUCUUUGAAGAAUUAGAUAAAUUAAUAAAGGACCCAAAAAAUCUCUAAAUGAAUCCUAUCAUUAAUAAUAUUUUAUAAAUUAAUUAAUCAUAGAAGUCCCAAUUUAAUUCAAAAUUAUAAUAGUUUAAGGAUUUUGCAGAAUUUAGUAAAUGUAUUUAAAUACUUUCAAAUAUUUAAAUGGACUAGAUUUCGAAUAUUGAGGAAUUUUAAACUGAAAAUCUAUUAAAAAGUAAUGACUAAUUAAAGGUAUCAUCAUUAAAUUAUACUAACAACCUUUAUAACUAAAUGUAUCUUAAUUUAACAUUUUCUUUUUAUUAUAAACAUAAUGAUAUUUUGAUAAGUAAUAAUGGAAAGAUUGUUGAUAAUGGUGAUGGUGUAUGGGGUUAUUGUAUGUGUGAACAAGUAAUUCCUAAGACUGGUAAAAUACUCUUUGCAUUCGAAAUACUUAGAAUAGAUCAUUGGUGUGAAGUUGGAAUUGGAUUUAGAGAAAUGAUUAAAUAACAUGGAUACAGAGGUGAAGGUUAAGGAAAAGGGUAUUAAUAUGUUUAAUUAUAAUAGAUCAUAUUUAUUAAGAGAAACUUCUACUACAUAUUUCCAUCAUUCUAAUAAUACUCAAGGAAAGGCAAUUAAUUUCUAAGUUAAUGAUAUAGUAAUAAUAGAAGUGAGCAUAGAACAGAAAUAUAUAAAAUGGAGUAAACAAAAUUCAUAAGAUUAUCUAGUAAAUAUCAAAAUUUAAUUAGAUUACCGAAAUUGAUAUAUCUUAAGAUUUGUAUCCAUGUGUGUAUACGAGCAAUUCAACAGUGAGAAUCAAGGAUAUAUCAUGAUAAAUAAGGAC